AUGUCGUCCAGCAGCGUGGACCUGCCAAAAACUGGCUUGAGUGUGGAUUGGUUCGAGCUCGAAGGCCUUUCAGAAAGGGGUGCAGGUGGCCGAUUGGUGGUUGCACCAGGUGUGCUGACGAGGGCCGACCUGGAUUUCAACUGGAACAUCGUUGCAGUAGCGAUGCAGCACAUGGGUGCUCGUCCAGGGGUGGAUCAACUGCAGGACGAGGUUGAUCUUUUCUUUCAGCGUUGCCGGCAGAAGGGCAAGAAGCCAGUCAGUCGACGACAGCCACGAUCCCACGAGAGCCUGGACGAGCAGCAUGGUUCCGAGGAGGUCGGCUAUGACGAGGCGGUUGAAUCGGAAGCAGCAACUGAUGAUGAGAUUUGCGAGCCCGAGAAGCCACGUGAGCCCCAAGGAAGCAUCCCAUCGGUGCCGUCUACGGCGCCAGUGAUCACCCCGAAGCACGCAGCAGGCAAGGGGUCGCCUGCAUCAGGAACGAAGUUGCCUCCCCCCAGCAAGCGCGAUAUUUUGCAAGCUUUGACUGAGCAGCAGCAGCGGUUGUCUCAGUUGCUUUUGCUAAAGCAGCAGCAGCAGAAGCAGCAGCAGAAGCAGCAAGCCGCGAACUCCUGGUGCCCAAGCAAGGGUAGCUUGCAUGCAGUAAGUGAUGUGACGACACAGGAGACUCAAGUCAUGGAUGACAGCAGUAUGGAGGCUGCUGUGGGUGUCAUUCUGAAAGAUGUCGACGCAAAGGAGAAGGCAGCUGUUGCUGCUCAUGUUUUUGAUUCCCGCACCCCCCUGAAAUUGGGUCCGAAGCGACUCCUGACCGGGACUGCUGAGCUUCAGCCUUUGCCGAAAUCACAAAGAGCUAUCAAGCAAGAGCCGGUCCCCAUCAAGAAAGAACCUUUGAACGAGGUGCCAAGCAAGCCUGUGGAAGAGCCGCAAAGCAAGCCGUUAGGAGAGCCAGCAAUGAAGACUUUGGUAGAGCCAGCAGUCAAACCUUCAGUGCCAAUCAAGAAAGAACCUUUGGAUGUGCCAAUCAAGACAAAGCCUGGCAUCAAGCUGGAGGCUCAUGAUGAUGGUUCUGAGGAUCCUUUGCCAGGGUUAGCUGCCCCUGUGGGGUCUGAAGAAGGCUCCGAAGCCCAGGGCCCAGAGGAGUUUGCAGAUGGCUCCGAUGCUCAGGGUCCAGACGAGCCUGCAGAAGGCUCCGAUGCUCAGGGUCCAGACAAGUUUGCAGAUGGCUCCGAUGCUCAGGGUCCAGAGACUGGAAAUGGUGAGCAUAGUGCGGCCAAACCCCCGACAGAUCCAACCGUGGACGACCUCCCACGACCUGCCCUCCUAAGCACAGCUGGUAUUGUGGCCCCAGGUGACCAGAACCAAGCGCGCAAGAAGAGUGGCACGAGCAAAGAUAAGAAAGAGUCGUCUCAGACCCGUCAGACCCACAACAAGAAACCAGGCCGGAAGGAUGAGAAGGAGAUGGAGACAGAUCAAGGCCUGAAGAGCAGAAAGAGCUGUGCUUAUCACAAAGCGAAGACAGCUGCUUUGAAAAGUGGCCUUUCGAAAGAGGAGGCCAUCAUUCAAGCCAAGAAG